CACCACAAACACUAUAUUAUUCCAGCUGCAGAGACAAUGCACGCUAUUGGCAAGAGUGAAUCAAUAUUUAACAAUUGCAACCCAUGUGCUGAACGUAAUUCGUAUCAAUCUAAACUUGUGACAAGAAUGAAGCCCCCUUCAUCCACAGUAAGAAAAGGGAAUUCUAGGUUGUCUUCAAUGGUUACUUCGAGUCCUAGAACAUUUUCCUUCACCAGGAUUCUAUCCAACAAAGAACUAGAGAGAAAACCAGUUUCAUCACAUAUUUCACUCCAGCGUUCUGGAUCCCUCAUUAGUAGCUCGAUCAUCCCAAACUCUUCAAAUGCUAAACUACGGUACUCAUCGGAGCUUCAGAGAUCGGCCUCAUUGAGUAUACAUGGUGAAAAGGACAUGACAAAAGAGAUUCAACAAUAUUCCAGAAAAAGCAAACCUCUCUUCAGAGCCUUGCUUAGCAUGCGCAAGCAGAAAAAGGAUGGGAGACUAUAAAGAUACAUAUAUAACAAUAGAGAGGCUAAAGAAGAAGCAUUGCAAGGAGCAUAUCAGUUGAUAACAUAACAUGCUUUUUAUAUUGUUUUUGCUUCACAACAGAUUGUUGAUUUGCUACUUGAAUUCAUCGCUCUCUCUGUAUCCAAUAUUCCAUCCAUGUAUAUCAACACUGAAAUAAUAGGGCACGCUGAAAUAAUAGGGCACCGGUAUUAAUAUUGUUAAAAA